GCCAUGCGGGCGUGGCUGGUUCGGCGCUGGCUGAGAGGAUUUUUUUUCCGAAGCCGCCGCGGUGCUUCUUCAAAGGCUGCCUGCCCCUGGUCGCAGGCGAGGCAGGCAGCGGUCGCAGGGGAGGCACGCCCUUCGGCGCCUUCGUCUUCUGCGUGCAGGUCGACGACGUUGCCACCAGCGACGUGCUGGGCGCUCGCUGCCAGCUGGUCACGCUGCGCCCGCGCCUGGUGCUGCACAACUCGUCGGGCCUGGGGCUGGAGAUCGACCCCAUGGGAAUGUACGGCCAGCCGCUGGAGCUGGCGGCCGGGAAGUCCAUCGAUCUGCACUGGAACGUCCGGGCCGGCGAGGAGGACGCGCGCGGCCCGAGCGCCCUGUUUUGCUGCUGGGCCGCAGACGAUCUCACGGACUUCUGCGGCACCUGCCUGCCGAUGGCCGUCGCGGGGCCCACCAGCUACUGCAGCAAGUCUCAGGCCGCGUGCGGCUCGUGCGGGUCGGCAACCUGGUGCGAGGAGGGCACGCCGAGCAGCCGGCAGGCGGCGGCCGGCACGGAGCUGCUCCUCAGCUUCGACGGCACGCGGGCGCUCGCCCGGGACGCCGUCCUCGGCAUGCGGGUGGGCGGCAAGACCUACAACGUCACCGUGGUGGACUCCAGCUUCGAGGCGUUCCCGAGCCCGGCUCCCACGCCGGCCCCCACUGGUGCGGCGCCCGCGCCCACGUCCGCGCGGGCGCCGGCCACGGGCACCUUGGUGCCGAACGUCGAGGCCGUGAGGCAGCACGGCCGGCUGCGUGUCCAGGGCAACACGAUCGUCGGGGAGCACGGCAUGCCGGUCCGCCUGCGCGGCAUGUCGAUGUUCUGGUCGCAGUGGAUGGGCAACUACUGGACCCCCGACACCAUCAGGUGGCUCAAGGAGGACUGGCACGUCUCUUUCAUCCGCGCCGCGAUGGGCGUCGAGCAGGGCGGCUACCUGGAGAACCCCGACGCCGAGAAGGCGAAGUUGCAGGCUGUGGUGGACGCCUGCAUCGACGCGGGAAUCUACGUGGUCAUCGACUGGCACGCCUACCACGGCGAAGACCACGUCGAGGAGGCGAAGGCCUUCUUCAGCGAGAUGGCCCAGAAAUAUGGUGACAAGCCCCACGUGCUCUUCGAGACGUACAACGAGCCGCAGCAGGUCGAUUGGUCGGGCGUCAUCAAGCCGUACCAUGAGCAGGUCGUCCCCGUGAUCAGGGAGCACUCCGACAACAUCAUCAUUUUGGGCACCAGGACGUGGUCGCAGGAGGUGGACGUGGCCUCGCAGGACCCCGUCCAGGGCGACAACCUGGCCUACACGGUGCACUUUUACGCCGCCUCCAUGGGCGCCGACCUGCGUGGCAAGGUCUCCACCGCCCUCGCCAACGGUGCCGCCAUCUUCGCCACCGAGUGGGGCACCUGCGAGUACACCGGCGAUGGCCGCCUGGACCUCGAGGAGUCUCAGGCGUGGCAGGACUUCAUGGAGGAGAACCACAUCUCGGACUCGAACUGGGCCAUCAGCGACAAGGAGGAGUCGUGCUCCGCGCUGCGCGGCGGCGCCAGCGGGUCCGGCGGCUGGUCAGAUGGCGACCUGACGGAGUCUGGCGCCUGGGUGCGCAGCUCCAUCCGGAAGUACAACUCUGACGAGCCGCUGGCCGGCGCUGGCGCGGCAGGCUCGGCUGGGGGCCAGUUCGAGGAGCUCCUGAUGAAGAAGCACGCGGUGCUGCGCGGCCCUGCCCGGCCCUCGGGCGACCGCGGCGGCCGCGGCGCGUGGCGCGUGGCCGCCGUGGCCGCCGUCGCGGCGUGCACGGCCGCCGCCCUGCUGCUCGCG